AUGAGUUGUGACUAUGUUACACUCGCCACUGGGCAGAAAAUGCCAUUAGUUGGACUUGGAACAUGGAAGAAUUCAGCUGGACAGGUGAAAUCAGCAGUCAGUUAUGCGCUUGAAAUAGGAUACCAACAUAUAGACUGUGCUUUUGGCUACAGCAAUGAGAAUGAAAUUGGAGAAGUCCUUCAUGAAAAAUUACAAGUUAAUAAAUCUAUCAAGCGGGAGGACAUUUUCAUUACAUCCAAACUUUGGAACACCAAACAUCACCCAGAUGAUGUAGAAGCAGCAUGCCGUAAGACACUGGAGGACCUACAACUAGACUAUCUAGAUUUGUAUUUGAUGCACUGGCCAAUGGCAUUUGAACGUGGUAACAUUAUGAUUCCAAAGAAUGAUGAUGGGACAGUGCGUUAUGCUGAUAUUGAUUACAAGGAUACCUGGAGAGCCAUGGAAAAACUACUGGAAAAGGGUUUGGUUAAGGCAAUUGGUUUAUCCAACUUCAACUCAAAGCAAAUAGAUGACGUAUUAUCUAUUGCAAUUUACAGGCCUGUUGUUAACCAGGUAGAAUGCCACCCAUACUUGAUCCAAAAGCGGCUAGUGGAUCAUUGUACAAAACAAAAAAUCGUUGUUUCAGCAUACAGCCCUCUUGGAUCACCUGAUCGACCCUGGGCUGGCCCUGGUGAUGCAAAACUGCUGGAAGAUCCACGAAUCCUGAAAAUUGCAGAAAAAUACAGAAAAUCCCCAGCUCAAGUUAUUAUACGGUGGCAAGUGCAAAGAAAAAUACCAUGCAUACCAAAAAGUGCUACACCCUCCAGAAUUAAGGAAAAUAUCGAGGUCUUCGAUUUCAUGUUGUCGAAGGAAGAUAUGAAACAAAUUGAAUCAUUUGAUUGCAAUGGAAGAGUAAUAGUGCCAACAAUAGAAGUAAGCGGUAUGAGAGUUUGGAGAGAUUCAAGUCAUCCAUAUUUCCCUUUUAAUGAGCCUUACUGAAGAUCAAUUGACAGAUUCCAAAAAUAUCUACAACAUAUACUGGAAAUUUUCCUUUUGAAUCAGCUUUGAAAUUAAGUCUUCUU